CGCUUCACCAUGGUUCCUCCGGUCGCAGUGUCGCCGCUCAUCAAGUUAGCUGGUUCGGCGUCGCUGCUGCGCCAGUCAACACCUGUGCAUCUCUCGUUUCAGACGGCCAGGUGGUCCGCCCUGCUGCUCGGCGUGUUCUACGGCAAGCAGCGGUUUAAUUACCUAAAGCCAAUUGGUGAGGAGGAGAGGAAGAUUGAGGAAGCAGAGAAGAUGGUGAGAGAGGAGCAGGAGCGCAUCUUCAAAGAACUGGCUGAAGCAAAUUCUGACACCAUCCUUAAAUGAACAAUCUUUGUACAUGCGGCACUAUGCUCUAUACUAAAUAAACAAAAACAUAUUUCUCAUGUAAUCAAA